CCGUCCACAGUCAUCAUGGGGGACCUGAGGUCUACGCCUCACCUGGAUUUGACCAACUUUGACUCCCCUGAAGCAAGAAGCAGCCGCUACGUUCUGACCAGUCCUCGCUCCUUGGAAUCUUGUGCAAGACUGGGAGUCAAGCCUGUUCAGCUCCUCAUUAAAUCCCUCAACCAGCUGAUCGCUGAGCAGCACCGCUCACCCAUCGAGGCGGUGCGAGUCAUGCACCAGUCCUACGAAAGUGAGAGGAGAAGGCUUUUGCAAAUGUGCCGAGAAGAAAGGGAGAGGAUUAUAAAGGAGGCAGGUGGCAGGUGGCCCGGGACAAACAGACCUCAAGGGCUUGUUCAAGGAUCUCAACUGAAAGUGAAGCCAGCUGAAGAUGAAGAUUCAGUUCUGUACGCUGAUCUUUGCUCGAAGGGGAAGACCAUCAGCAGGUCCUCAUGCUCGGUCGCAGGUCACAGCAAACCAGGGAGGAGCUCCAUUGGUAGCUUUAGUCUGGGUGAUCUCAAACACUCCCGUGCUACUGAGAGAAGACUGGAGAAGCUCACCUUAGACAUAGCAAGAAAGAUGCAUGUGAUCGUACCAGAGAAGGACCGAAAGAUUGCAGCUCUGAUGCUGGUGAAGCAUCAGGUGGAGCAGGAGCAGAUGAAAGUGUCUCUUCAAGAGGAGCUGCAGCGAGCGCAGGCCCGAAGGCAAGAGGAGGACCAGAGGUGGCAGGCGGAGAUGAGGAGGAGAAAGAAGCUCAAGCAGAGUGUGCAGCGUUGGCAAGAGGAGCUGGCGGCUCGCCGGAGACUGAGGGUUUAUCAAGAGAAGGUGAAAGUUGUGCAACUUGAGCGAGAGAUGCUGCAACAAGAAGAUCGCUGGAGGAGGCUCAAGGAGGAGGUGGAGGCCCGACGAAGAGAGAAGACUGUGUCUGCACUGAAGGAGGCCCAGGUGCGGAAAUGCUACCAGGAGAAGUCACUUAGAGAGAAGCAGGAGACAGAGAGGAGACGAAGAGAAAAGGAGAGAGUGGUGGCAGUAGAUAAGGAGCAAAAGGCACGGCGGUGCAAGCUCCUACUGGAGAUGAAAGAGAGGAAGCGACUUCAAGAGGAAAAUCAGAAGGAGCUGCUGCGACACAUCCUCCUAAAGCGGCAGGUGGAGCAACAGUGGGAGGAAGAGGAGGUGAUGAUGAGGACUGCCUUGGAGAAGAAGCUCCAGAACUUCAGGGAGAAUCGAGGUCAGGUGGUUGAGGCGCGUGUGAAGGAGCUGCAGGAGCGAGCAGCCCAGGAGGAGCUGCACAGCCAGAGAGCACAGCUGAGGGCACAGCUGCAGAACAUCCAGCAGCUCACUCACAGACAGAUCCUGGUCCAGCUCAGCCAGCAGAAGAUGGAGCGAGCCGUCCAGCACACGUCGGCCCAGCUGAAGAACCGAGCCAUACAGACCCACCAGCACAACUCACACCGGCAGCUCUGCCAUCAGAGGCUGAAGGAGAGAAUCCAGAGAGAGGAGGAGGCUGCGCGGAGGAUAAAGGAGAGCCAUAUCACCAUGAAGGAGUGGAGGAGGGAGCGGUUAAGGAGGCAACGAGAAGAGAUCCAGGAGGAGGCGCAGAGACAAGCCCGGGCAUCGUCCUACAUGAGAGAGAAAGUGAGGCUGCAGACUCAGAGUCGAACAUUCGACCGGAUGGCCAUGGAGGCGCAGCUGACCGCCUCUAUCAGCAGGCUGAAACUGAUGGAUUGAAGACAUCUGAGAUUUAGAUCACGAGAAUAUACAUGUUUACAUUUCACUUCAACGCCUUACCAGAGAGCCAUGUAUGAUGAGCAGUGUUUAAACAUAUCUGCAGAGCCUUUAGCUAGUCAUGAAAGAUCUGUCUCACCGCAACUGAAGAACAUGACUCUGUUCACGGUCUUACAGGAAUAACCACUGAGCAUCAGCUGUCUCCACCUUGUUCUGACUUACAUUGGUUUCGCAGUGAACGAAA